UAGGGUUGUUAGCAUCUUGCAGACAAAAUAAAAGUACACAAAAUGAGCAAUCCUGGUGAAGCAAGGAUACAGCACGUUAGGGCGAAAACGUUGACCUUGCAUUGGCACGAAGGUGCCGCUGCUAUAUAUAGUGUUGGAACGCAGCCCGGUAAGCCAGGAGAAAGGUCAGCCAGGCUCGUAACAGGCGGUGGAGACAACAAUGUGCGUAUAUGGAAGGUUAACUACAAUGAAGAAGGGUCCGAUGUUGUCGGAGUCGAAAUUUUGAGCAGUAUAACCAAACAUACACAGGCGGUAAACUGCGUGCGGUUCAACAGUACCGGUGACCUUCUGGCUACUGCAUCCGAUGAUGGGACUAUCAUGAUAUGGGAGAUGAGUGAUACGGUGGUACAAGAAUUUGGACAGGAUGUAGAUGAUGAUAUCAAAGAAAGCUGGGUUUUGAAGGUAGCGUGUUUUGCAAGCAAUAUGAGCGAGAUCUACGACAUAUGCUGGUCCCCUGACUCCAAAUACAUAUGCUGUGGGUUGAUGGACAACAUCAUACGAAUCUUCAGUGUUGUCACUGGAUCGAUGGUCAAGCAAAUAGCAGAGCAUAGUCACUACGUGCAGGGUGUUGCGUGGGACCCACGAGGAGAUUAUAUCUGUUCGCAAAGUGCCGAUCGAAGUGUGCAUGUCUACAAGGUGAGUACAAACGAAAGUGGAGAGUUGGUAGUCGGGCCGACGGCCUUUUACAAAAGCGUUAAGAGUGAGGUUCCUGCGUUAAAGUUCAGUCAAUUGACAAGUGAAAAUUUGUCGAAGAGUUCCGCUGUGAUAAGUUCACAGGAAAAAAGUUCCUCAAAUGUGUUUAACAGUAACAGCGGAGAUGUCUUUUCUGCUCCUGCAUCCAACAUCCCUCCAAUCUCCUACAAGCAACAUUAUCUCUACCAUAACGAAACUUUACAAUCCUUUUUCCGCCGAUUGACGUUUUCCCCCGAUGGAUCGAUACUCGUCACGACAUGUGGAAUAUACAAACCCAACGCUGAGAAUGGGAAGGAUGAAAUCCAGAACACUGUUUACGUGUAUACGCGUGCAGGAUUGAACAAGGGUCCUGUUGUGCAUCUCCCUGGUCUCCGGAAACCUGCCAUCGUUGUCCGGUUCAGUCCCGUGCGGUAUGCACUUUUUGAGACAUCUUCAAAUCGCCAACCGAACAAGCCUGAGGGGGCUGACGUCAAUGUGUUCAGCCUCCCUUACAGAAUGUUGUUUGCUAUUGCUACACAAGAUAGCAUCCUAAUUUACGACACGCAGCGCUUAAAAUGCGUGGUUGUCGUCACGAGCAUCCAUUAUGCAGUCAUCACAGACGUGGCUUGGUCGAGCGAUGGCCGAACAGUGUUUGUGAGCUCAAACGACGGGUUCAUUAGCUGCGUCGUCCUUGGUGAAGACAUCGUCGGA